AUGCCUUCCCCAGGAGAUAUCGCCUAUCGACCCAUAAAUCCCCCAACUGUCGGCCGUAACGGCUGGCAAGGGUUCAAUCCGCAUACCUCUUACCUCAAGAAAGGUGACAAGCCAUUCGGGCACCGUCAAGUCGAUUGCGACAUCACCAUCGAGCAUGACGUCGAGAUCGUCGCUAGGGACGGGGUCAAGCUUUAUGUGGACGUCUACCGACCGACAAACGUGAAGGCGCAAGUCCCUGCGAUCCUGUCCUAUUCGCCAUUUGGUAAGAAGUACAGCGGGAUGCUAAUGCUUCCUAUGACGCCAUAUAUGUGUGGUGUGACAGGGGAAGAUAUCUCUGGCUUGGAAAAGUUUGAAGGUGUCGAUCCCGCCAAGUGGUGCGCCUGGGACUAUGCAGUGAUCAGCGUCGACGCGCGGGGAGCCGGCGCAUCUGAGGGGAACGUGGCCAUCAUGGGCACCCAGGAGGGAGAAGACGGGUACGACGUCAUCGAAGCCGUGGCGAAGAUGAAAUGGUGUGACGGGAACGUGGCCUUGGCAGGUAACAGCCAUUUGGCCAUCGUCCAGUGGUUCAUCGCUGCGCAGAAUCCACCUUCCUUGAAGGCUAUCGCGCCUUGGGAAGGGUGUAGCGAUCUUUACCGCGAACAAUUCGUCCGUGGCGGGAUCUUCAAUAUGAGCAAUUUCGAGCUCAUCAUGAAGGUCAUCAUCCAGGGAGGUGGCGGCGUGGAAGACUUUCGCGAGAUGUACGCCCGGCUGGAUCGGGGUAUCAUCGACCCUUGGUGGGCGGACAAGCGCGCCCAGAUGGAUAAGAUCAAGGUCCCCACCUACAUCACGGGCUCGGAAUUCAGCUCGAUCCAUACGAUGGGAUCGUUGAGGGGUUACAUGGACAUCCCGACCGAGGACAAGUGGUUGAGAUGGGCCGGAUUUCAGGAGUGGUUCGACCUCUGGGCGAUCGAGGAGACGAAUCUCGAGCUGAAAGACUUUUUCGACUUUUUCCUCAAGGGCGUCCAGAACGGGUGGAGGGAAAAAACUCCCAAAGUCCGAAUGUCGCUCCUGCGCUACGGCAAGAACGAGCCCAUCCAGAAGAUCAAGGUCCCUGACUUUCCAAUCCCCGAUACCGAUUAUCGCAAGUACUAUCUGGCGGAUAACGGCAAGUUCUCCCUCGAGAGAUCUCCCCGGGAAACUUCCUCCGUUUCCUACAACGCUGAAGAUGGUAGCAUGGUCACUUUCACCCACACCUUUGACCAGAGGACGCAACUGGUCGGCCUUCCCAAGGCUGUGAUCCACGUCUCUUGCGACGAGUUAGACGACAUGUGCCUGUUCUUGCAAAUCAGGAAAUUGGAUGUCGAAGGAAACCCCUUGAUCCACCUGACCGUCCCCUUCUCCCGUGCCCCGAUUGAUGAUCCCAAAGACGCCCCCAGCAGCGGACUGAUCACAUACAACGGCCCUAUCGGGUGUCUCCGCGCCUCGCACCGUCACAUCGACCCGUCUAGAUCGAUUCACCCCAACUACCCGUUUCACCCUCACGAUCGAGUCGAGCUCGUGCCCCGAGGGCAAGUCGUCGAAUUGGAGAUCGGGAUAUGGUUCAUGGGCUUGCAGUACGAAAAGGGUGAAUCGAUUCGCCUGGACAUUUCUGGAUCGAAUCCACUCUGGCCGGAACUCUCGACCUCGAACGCCGAGCCGAUGAACAAGGGCAAACAUACGGUGCACUUUGGCGGUAGUCAUGCGAGCCACUUGAUCCUCCCGCAUGUGUCCCUGGAUGUCGUAUCCCAGUAGACUAAAAUUCGAUAAAGAACUGCCGCAGCCGGGUAUAUCGGUUGGGGUCAUUUGUAUUGAGGCAAGCAAGAAAGCAAGAGAUCAGAUCGCUCAAUUGUGUG